UCUUUCUCAUCCUUUUUCUUUUUCUUCUCAUUAAGUCAUGCUUUGGUUCUGCUUGUGCCAUCCUCAAACGCCUUAUAUAAUUGCCCUUGCCUCUGCUUAAUCUUCUUCAUCCCGUUUCCCUCGUUCCACAUUGGUGCAUUCCUGAGUCUUCUCAAAACUGUGGGAAACAUGGGGGCACCAUUUAAAGGAAUAAUUGAAGAUGUCAAGGGAAGAGCUCAAUGCUAUAAACAAGAUUGGAUUUGUGCAAUCUGUUCUGGAGUUAGCAUAUUGGCUCCAACUUUCUACAUAUUCUUUGCUUCUGCUCUUCCAGUCAUUGCUUUUGGAGAGCAGCUUAACAGGGAUACAGAUGGAAGCUUGAGCACAGUGGAAACAUUGGCAUCUACUGCCAUUUGUGGAGUUAUUCACUCAAUAUUGGGUGGCCAACCAUUGUUGAUUUUAGGAGUUGCUGAACCCACUGUGAUUAUGUACACUUAUUUGUACAGCUUUUGCAAAAAUAGGCCAGAAGUGGGGGAGAAGCUCUUUCUAGCUUGGGCUGGCUGGGUUUGUGUUUGGACUGCAUUCAUAUUGAUUCUGCUUGCAAUUUUCAAUGCUUGCACAAUAAUCACAAGGUUUACAAGACUAGCAGGGGAGUUAUUUGGCAUGCUCAUCACUGUUCUUUUCUUUCAAGAGGCUAUUAAGGGAUUGAUAGGCGAGUUCAACACGCCCAAGAAUGAAGAUCCUUCCUCAGUGGAAUUUCAAUUCCAGUGGCGGUAUACUAAUGGAUUGCUUGCAAUCAUUUUCUGUUUUGGGCUACUUGUCACAGCCCUAAAAAGCAGAAGAGCAAGAACGUGGCGAUAUGGAACAGGGUGGCUACGAGGAUUUGUAGCAGAUUAUGGCGUUCCAAUGAUGGUAGUGUUAUGGACUGCAUUAUCUUAUGGUGUACCGGGCAAAAUUCCACACAAUGUUCCUAGAAGGCUCGUUUGUCCCCUUCCCUGGGACCCUGAAUCUCUCUAUCAUUGGACAGUAGUAAAGGAUAUGGGGAAGGUACCCUUGGUUUACAUAUUUGGGGCUAUUCUUCCAGCUCUGAUGAUAGCAGGCUUGUACUUUUUCGAUCACAGCGUAGCUUCACAGAUGGCACAGCAGAAAGAAUUUAACCUCCAAAAACCAUCUGCCUACCACUAUGAUAUUUUGCUGCUUGGAAUAAUGACUCUAAUUUGCGGGAUCCUUGGCCUUCCUCCUUCAAAUGGAGUCCUUCCACAGUCCCCCAUGCAUACAAAGAGUUUAGCAGUUCUUAGGAAGCGGUUGAUCCGAAAGAAGGUGGUGAAGAGUGCCAAGGAAUGUAUUAAGCAACAAAGGACCAACUCUGAAUUAUAUGGAAAGAUGGAAGAAGUGAUUGUAGAAAUGGAUACAGACCCUACUGAUAAAGAAUUGGAGACUUUGAAGGAAGCUGUAAUGAAAUCCGAUAAGCGGGAUGGUACAGAGGAAAAAUUUGAUCCUGAGAAACACAUAGAUGCAUAUCUACCAGUCCGGGUUAAUGAGCAAAGAAUGACCAACUUAUUGCAAUCUCUUCUGGUUGGUGUAUCAAUCUUAGCCAUGUCUGUUAUCAAAAGGAUACCAACCUCAGUUCUUUGGGGAUAUUUUGCUUACAUGGCAAUUGAUAGUCUCCCAGGGAAUCAGUUCUGGGAAAGGAUAUUGCUCCUCUUCAUCACCCCAAGCCGGCGUUUCAAAAUUUUGGAAGGUUCUCAUGCCUCUUUUGUGGAGACAGUACCAUUCAAGACCAUAGCUUCAUUUACUGCCUUACAGAUGGUAUAUUUUCUGGUAUGUUUUGGGGUGACAUGGGUACCAAUAGGUGGAAUAUUGUUCCCGGUACCAUUCUUCCUUCUCGUACCUAUAAGAGAACACUUGCUUCCAAAGCUGUUCAAGCCUAGCCAUCUUCAAGAACUAGAUGCUUCUGAGUAUGAGGAAAUUGUUGGUGCUCCACAUGGUUCAAGGAUGGAAAAGGAGCAAAAUGGUUCUGAUUCCGAUGAAAGCUCGGAAGACUUCUAUGAUGCAGAGAUAUUGGAUGAGAUGACAACUAAUAGGGGAGAGCUGAAACUUAGAUCUGUAAGCAGCUUCAAUGAUAGAAACCACAGCUUCAACGAAGACAGACACAAUCAGGUUUAUCCUGGAGGUGGUGUUUGAGUGUCGUGAAAUCUCAAUGCACCCACCAUUUUUUUAGGAUGCAGAAAAGGGUUUGAUAUGAUAGUAUGUUCCUAUGGAAAGGAGUGCUCAUAAUUGUUGUGGAACAAGAAAGGAUUCAAUUAUUUGGAGAUGAUCUUCAGUUAUUUGGAGAUGAUCUUCUGUGGAACAAGAAAGGAUUCAACCGGUGGAAGAGAUGAAAUGCAAAAGGAGAGAGAUGUGGACAAAAAAUGCAUUUGAACUUUGAAAUGGGAUUUCAAUAUUGGCAGUAAAACACUGAGAAGUUGAGAUAAGGGUCAAUUCUUUCCUUAGUUGACUACAGAGUUCACAAAAAAGGAGUAGGGUUGGGGUGGAGGGAAAAGACAGAUAUGUUAUGAGGGGGUAAAAAAGAAAGGAGAACAUUCUUUUUAGUUGAAAUAUAGAAAAAUGUCGGUAGAACAUUCUUUAAUUUUUUGUUUACACAUUCUUUUGAUUAGAUACAGUAGAGUUAGCAAGGAUAUUUUCUUAGAGCAUUCAAGGACACUGCAAUAGAAUAGAAUUUGAUUGAUGUUUUUCAAUACAAAUAAAUUGUUGAGCAUUUUGUGUUCAUCAUAAAUUUUAUAUCAAAUGUAAGUAAGAAUUUAAAUUCUCA